AUGCCCUUACCCAUAUUCGGCAAAUCACACAAGUCUCCUGCCGAUGUGGUGAGAAAUCUGAAGGAGGCCCUCGUCGCCGUGGAGAAGACUCAGGGUGAUAAGAAAGGCGACAAGGCAGUAGAAGAGGUUAACAAAUGGCUGCAAAUGGUUAAGAGUAUCAUAUACGGGUCAGAAACGCAGGAUCCCCAUAGUGAGCAGGUGGCUCAGCUCGCUCAGGAGACUUAUAAUGCUAACGUUCUUCCGAUGCUCAUCAAAAACCUACCGAAACUGGACUUUGAAAGCAAGAAGGAUGUUGCCCAGAUUUUCAAUAACCUUCUCCGUAGGCAAAUUGGAACCCGAUCACCUACUGUAGAAUACUUGGGUGCCCGUCCUGAAAUGCUAGUUCUUCUUGUUAAUGGUUACGAGAACGGGGACAUCGCCGUUACAUGCGGUCACAUGCUUCGCGAAUGUAUUCGUCAUGAUCAGUUAGCCAAGGCUUGUUCAAAUUGUCUUCAGAUUUUGCUGCAACAUGAGUCCUUUUACAAAUUUUUCACAUAUGUCGAGCUUUCUGCUUUCGACAUUGCCUCCGAUGCUUUUGCCACUUUCAAGGACUUGAUCACUCGACAUAAAACGUUAUGUGCCGAAUUCCUCGACGCUAACUACGAUAGAUUUUUCACCGAAUACCAGAAACUGCUCAACUCAGAUAACUACGUUACAAGGCGCCAAUCACUAAAGCUGCUUGGUGAAUUGUUGUUGGAUCGUCACAAUUUUAACGUGAUGACGCGAUACAUAUCCAAUCCAGAGAACCUGAAGCUCAUGAUGGAGUUGCUUCGCGAAAGGAGUCGUAGUAUUCAGUUUGAGGCCUUCCAUGUGUUCAAAGUUUUUGUUGCGAAUCCGAACAAGCCCCGCCCUAUUGCCGAUAUUUUGUUGAGGAAUCGUGAAAAACUGGUCGAUUUCCUUGCUCAGUUUCAUACUGAGCGUACAGAUGAUGAACAGUUUAACGACGAGAAGGCGUACUUGAUUAAGCAGAUUAAGGAAAUGCAGGCUUGA